AUGGGGCGGGUGACCAAUGGUUUGGAGGGUGUGAGUUUGGGAGCUUGUGGUUUGGGUUGGAUGUUGGGUCGGGUGGAUGGAUUGGAUGUUGGUUGGUGGACUGGUGGAUGGUGGGAAGUGGAGUGUUGGUUGUUUUGGGUGUGUUUGUGGAGUGGAGUUUUGGAGUCGGGCUGGUGGAGGUGGUAUUUUGGUUUGUUGGAGUUGAUUGGAUUUUUGGCGUUGGAGGUGGAUGGAUGGAGGGUGGAGUUGGUGGAGUUGGGCAGGGGAAGGGGAGUUGUGGUUGGGAGCUUUUUUGUGGCGCUGGAUGGAGUUUGGAGUGGGAUGAAUGGUUGGUGUGGAGUUUGGGUGGGUUGGCUUUUGGGUUUUGUUUGGAGUUGUGGUUGGAGGAGGGGUAAAUGGUUUUUGGAGGUGUGUGGAUGUGGUGGAGUGGAUGGGAGUUUGGGGCUUUGUGGAAGUUGGAUGGUGUGCGGGUGUUUGGUUUGGAUUGGAGUUGAUGGUUGGCUGGUGUGUGGGUUUUGUGUUGGUUUUUGGUGGGAGUUUGGGAUGGAGUGA